CCACCAACAACAACAACUAGCAAAAGAACAAGAACAUCAACGGCGUCAAGUGCGACGAUGGCUGCCAUAAAUACGGUACCUAAGAGCAUACACCUGCCUUUGACGAAUCUCAGCGCAUCGCGCGUGUUGAUGUGCAACGCAUCUGUGGGCAGCGAGGGUUCCGUAACACUGCAACUGAGAGAUGCGAAUGCUUUGGAGGCAGCCGCCAGCAGCACAGCAACAGCAACAACAACAACAGCAGCGACAUCGUCACCAGGCCAAGCAAAUGCGUCAGGACUAACGUCAGCAUUGGAGAAUGCGCUCACUAUUGGCUAUCCGGAUCCGGAUAUGUUAGCAGAUGUCUUGGGCACCAUUCAGACAGCCUCUCUUAAGAACAGACAAAGCAACAACAACAACAGCAAUAGCAACAGCAAUAGCAACAGCAACAGCAACAACAACCUGAACAGUCCCAACAGGAUAACAAUAACGCGACGCAGUGCUAGCAACAAGAUUAGCGUACAAACUGUGAGCGCCUCGACUAAUACAACCAUUAGCAGCAUUGGUGGCAGCAAGACCAACUACAUCAAGAACUGUCUAAUACGCAGCAGCAGCUGCAGCAACACGGCCACCAAUGUCACAACGCUGGCACAGAUUAUGAGCAACAGCAGCACCAGCAGCGCCGCCAGUUUACUCAGUCAACACAACAAUAAUAGCAACUGCAGCAACAGCAGCAACUUCAGCAGCGCCUCUUCUGUGGGCAGCAGCAUUAGCAUAAGCAGCACCACCAGCAGCAGCACCACCAGCAGUCACAGUCACAGUAGUAGCAACAGCAACAGCAACAGCAACAGCAACGACAGCAACAGCAGCAGCGGUCACAGCCUAAGUUUCAAGAGCAACGGCCGACAUGUUGCUGGCAUAGUAACAACAGCAGCAUCCACGAACACCACUGCAACUGGCAUUGGCAUUAUCACUGUCGACCACGCUCCCCGCAAGAGCCGCCCUAAAUUAACCUCGCCCACACGCCACGGCCCCCAACAGUGUCAGAUUUGUAGCAAGAUCUUUGGAAAUGCCUCGGCAUUAGCCAAGCACAAACUGACGCACAGCGACGAACGGAAAUAUAUUUGUGCGCUCUGCUCGAAGGCAUUCAAGCGGCAAGAUCACUUAAACGGACACAUGAUGACGCAUCGGAACAAGAAACCUUACGAGUGUAAGGCAGAAGGCUGCGGCAAGUCCUAUUGCGAUGCUCGCUCCCUUCGCCGGCAUUCGGAGAAUCACCAUGGCGGCGUGGCCACUCCGAACAACAACUCGCUCUCGCCCACGACUAGCAGCAACUGCGGCAGCGUCAGCAGUGGCAGCAGUAGCAGCAGCAGCAGCGUGGGCGUGGCCAGCAACUCGCUCAGCCUGUCGCCGGCUACGGCGAGUGGAGAUGCCAGCUCGCCAGACGGUGCCACCUGCAUUCGCACCUACAUUUCCACGGGCAGCACUGUGGUGGACGCAGCCACGGGCAUUGCGUUGUCCGACGAGCAGAUCAAGGCCAUGAAUUUGCCCAUUAAAACUGGGGUUACUUUGCUCUCGCCCACCACAUCAACAUCGUCGAACGCAUCGUCUACAGCCUCCUCGUCCUGCUCUAACACAGGCAGCGGCAACGGCAACGGCAACGGCAGCGGCAACGGCAACAGCAACGGCAAUGGCAAUGGCAAUGCCAUUGUCACCAGCUCACCGACAAUUACGCUUAGCGACGGCACUACGCUCGAGGGCGAUGGACUGACGCGCGAGCAACUCGAUCUCAUAAGCAAGAUCAUGCAGCAGACAAAGCAGACCAGUGCACAGGUCACCGUCUCCUCUCCCACCAGCGUCAGCUCCUAUAAAAUCAAUACAGAGACAGCGCAAGUUUCGUCGCGCCCACGCACCUGGAAUAUGCAAUUGCUCAACAACGCACAAAAUGUGACUGUAACUGUGGAGGAUGGCACAGAGGUAGCCGGAUCGGCAUCAACUUCAACCGACGAGGUCAAGGACGAUGAGUUGAGCCAGCAGCUGGUGGCAGCCAUCAAUCCCCAUCUGCUCAACAUUGUUAAGAUCGACAAGCCGGUGGAGUGCAACCUGUGCCAUCGUAAGUUUAAAAACAUACCCGCCCUCAAUGGGCACAUGCGUCUGCAUGGCGGAUACUUCAAAAAGGAUCCAGAAACCAAGCGCACCGAGAAAAAGGACUCGAACGGACCUCCCUUACAGACCGCCAGCAUAGGAGUGCGCGCCCUCAUCGAGGAGAAAAUCAUAAGCAAACGGAAGGACAUAAAUAAGGGCGCCUUCGUAGUGCCUGCACCACCAAGCACCACGUGCAACAGCGUUGGAGUCUGCAGCAGCAACAGCAACACACUGAGACGCUCGAUAAGCGACCUGGAGAGUUUCCUCAACCCGAAAUGCAGCACCACCAGCCUGAGUCAAGCACUGUCCAGCAGCAGCAGCACCACCACAGCGGUAUUGCCGGCAGCAACCACAAUCAAGAGCAGCAACGGGCUAAGUAUACAGCAGAUUGGACUGCCGCAAAGCAUCGAAAUCUUCAGCGGAGGCCACAGGCAGCCGAAAACCCUCAGUCUAGGCAGUGGUGCCAACACCAUAACCAUAACCACCAACAAUGUGCCUACCACAACCACCAUGAGCGCCCUGACGGCAUUGAAGGGCGGCGGCACCAUCAAUGGCAUCUCCAGCAAUGUGGAUCCCAAGGACUCGACAUUAAUUGAGCUGCUCAAGCGCGGAACGCGCAUUGCCGUCGCGUCGAAGAAGACGCAGAGCAGCGCGAAUCUGUUGCUGAGCAACGUGACGGGCACGGAGCUGACAGCUAUCGGCAGCAGCGUCCAGACCACUGGUCGACAGAUAAUCACCAACAACAAUCGCACCGUCAUCAUACCCUCAGAUGUCCAUGUGGUGUCCACCAAGAGCAAGCUCAUUUCGAGCCAGGCCAUCACAGCCAGCGACAACGGCAGCAGCAACAAUAACAAUGCAACAUGUUCUGCGAGCAGCAUCUCGUUGCCGGAUGGCACUCCGCUCUCGGUGGCCAUUGCGAAUAGCCAGGAAAAUCUGGGCGUGAGUGAGGCAAGCACCAUUACGGCCGGCGGCGGCGUUUAUACGGUGACCUACACUAGCGAUGCGGAUGCGUCGGACCUCUUCGACGACACUGAGGUAUACAAUGUCUCGGACACCGAAAUGCUGCUCCAAACAGUGGACACUAUGGAAUUACUCAAUGAUGACGAGGAGGCGGUGCACAAGAGCGAACAUUCCGAGGACUUUGCGCUGCUCAGCGAGACCGGAGAAACUGUUCAUACGCAGCUGGUCAAAAUGGAGCCGGGACUAACCAGCACGACUAACACCAUGAAUAAGACGACGCCGUUGCCCACCUUCCAGCAAUUCCAUUCCAAAGAGAUUAUCAUGCAGAACAGCUCACAAAUUCAGGCCAUUGCCAGCAUGCGUAGCGGAAGCAAUCUGGGCGUGCUCGCCUCUCCCCUGCAUUCGCCGAUAGCCUAUCCGACGCCGCCGUCCAGCCACGAGAAUAUGGCCCAAUCGUCGCCUUUCAUAGAGGACGCUGCGGCUCAGUUCGUGGACGCCAGUCACACGUUCUUCGGCGACAAGACGGACUUCUCGCAUGUAUAUUUUAAGACAGACGACGGCGAGUCCAUGCAGCAGCUCACUGAGAACGACAACGAGAAGAUACUCAAACUGAAGACGGUGCUCGAGGAAAGCAGCUUCGGCCAGUCCAUCAAAGUGGAGGAUCUGCUAAGCAGCACUGAAGAUGAUGCUGAAUGCGACUUGCGUGAGUUUGCCGAGACGAAUCUCUCGUUCCUGGACGAGGAUCAGGAGUUCCUCAAUGAUUCACGAAACGCUACCUCCCCGCUGUCCGAGUCUUUCUUCACCAGCGGCAUUGGCUCGGCCGAGGAUGUUAAACAAGUGCUGCGAGAGGUGCUGCCCGAGGAAAAUAUACAAUUGCAGUUGAGUAGCGAGCAGCAGGGCGAGAACAUCAUUGAUCUGUACUAUUUGCCGGGUCUGGGCCUGCAAUCCCAAAUGAUGCCCAACUCCGAUGAUCCGCUUUUGUCGUCCUCGCCACGCGAAUUCGGCCAGCAACGUCAGGUUGUGCACACAAGCACAGCUGCAACUGCGACCGUGCAGCCUAUCGAACAGUUGCAGUCCACGACUGUGCUUUACGACCAACAGCAACAGCAGCAGCAGCAGCAGCAACAAUUACAGCUGCAAUUGCAAAUGCAGUCCCAGCAGCAGCAGCAGCAGCAGCCACAGGAGCAGCAGCAAUCACAAGAAGAGCAACAGCUGGGAACUCAGCAGCAACAGCUGCAAUUGCCACAGCUACCUGCAGUUCAAGGUGAACAGCCCCAACAGCAGCAACAGACAGAUUUUAUGCUCAGCAACUUUACGCCCGUGAACUGUCAAGCCCAAUAUAUGGAUGGCAAUCAGCAGCCGAUGAUGCUGCAGCCGCUGAACAGUCUGCUGCAGCCAAUGCUUUACGGCAGCAACAGCGCUGCCAGCAAUAAGCAUGCAUUUAGCACGCUUCUCGGCUCCAAUACGGUUCAGGCAACUGCACUUGAUGCGAGCCUGCUCUUCGCCUGCGACGACACAAAAAAUAGCUGCAACAAGCCCAUGUUAGCCGGCUUAUCCGCAGCCAUUCCGACGCCGGUAGUUACGGCUGCGCCAAGUGUUGCGAACCUGCAGCCGUUGUCCAAUCAGACGAACUCCAUACUGAAGCGUCGCCUGCGGUCGAACGGAGCGCAGGAUGUGCACAAGUUUUCGAAAUUCCAUACGCUAUCGCCGCACCGCUCAAAGCUGCGCAAGCCAUCCCGGACCCACUAUACCCCUGCUCCGAUACUCAAUCCGGAUCGCAAGGGCACCGGGCUCUACUGCAAUGUGCGCAAGCAGCUUGGCCAGGGAAUGUUCGACGUUUUCGACGAUGACUUUGGCGAUCCUGUGGGCUUGGUGGACUUCUGCGAUGAGUCCAAGGUGAACCUUGGCUCCACCUAUCAAGCGCAGAUCCCAGCCUGCAAGCCACCAGACGAAGCCAUCAAGGAGCCCAUGUGCGCCGACCUAAUGUGGGAUCCAAGCGUCCAGCUAGACGAUAAGAUACUGAUGCGUUACAUAGAUCUCAGCAAAUCAUCGGCCGUACCCAUGGGCAGCCAUUCCGAGGAGGUGGCCCUGCAAACGCUGCUCGACGCAAAAGGCAACUCCGCGGCAGCGGUGCUUACCCUACUGCAGAUGCAGUCCAGCGCAUUCCAAAUGAAAUGGACUGCCUACGAGCUAGAGCAGUUCCUGCGCGGCCUCGAGAAACACGGCAAGGACUUUGGCAAAAUCGCUAGUGAGCUUCACACGAAGACAUCCGGGGAAUGCGUGCAAAUGUAUUAUUUUUGGAAGAAACUAUGUGUGGACUACAAGGUAUCGCACCUCAAAAUGGAGCCAGUUCCUGCAAGCAUCCCCAUGGUGGAGCAGAAGCCCUACGUUUGCGAAAUUGCCGACUGUUCGGCGAGCUUCAGUUCCAAGGCGGCGCUGCAUGGUCAUGUUCGCAUACACGCUUAUGGUAGAAAUGCCAGCAACAAUAAUAGUAACAACAACAACAACAGCAACAGCAACAUCCAGCAUGCCACGGCAACUAGUGCCAACAACAGCCACAAUUCCAGCAACAACAACAGCAGCAACAACAACACCAAUAGCAGCAACGCAUGCAUACCCCUGACUGGCAGCAGUCAACAGACUAGCAACAACCACAACAGCAAUGCAACAGCAACCAUAACGCACACUAAUGGCAAUAACAACACCACCGCGAACAACAACAAUAUUAUGAACAACAACAACAGCAUCGCUGGCAUUUCCACAAACCCAACGAUGCUUUCAAUAGCAACAACAGCAAUAGCGACAGCCGCUGCAACAGCUGUUGCUGCGGCUGCGGCCGCAUCAUCCACAGCAUCGACAGCAACGAAAGACAGUAGCAACAGCAACAAUUCCAAUAUACCCAAGGACAGUGAAUUUCCCUGCAAGGUGUGCGGCAAAGUCUUCAAUAAGGUGAAAAGCCGCAGCGCCCACAUGAAAACGCAUCGCGUACAAGAAGCGGAGCAACUAGCCAAUUCCAAGCAGCAAUCAUCCACACUUGUUGUUGCCGUCACUGCAGCAGCAGCAACCACAAACUCAACAGCAGCAGCAGCAACAGCAGCAACAGCCAUGGCCACAGCAACUUCUUAGACAACCUACGUACAGCAAGCAGUGAGGCCUCAGCAUCGAUUGACAAUCGCGUUAAGCAAGCAGCAAGCAUUGUUUACAACUCUUAGAAUGUAAUAUUAACUGAAAUUCGAUCAGCGUUAAAUGUGUAUAGUUAAGUAAAGGAAUAAUGUAAUUUUGAUGUAUUCGACAGUUAAAGGCAUUUUUCUCAUUUCACACUCUCUUCCUAUCUAACUACCCAACUAUCCAGCUAUCUAUCUAUCUCUCUAACUAACUACA